AUGGGUCGAGGGAGUAAGCGCAUUAAGAGUGAUUGGGCGAAUGCCAGUGCUGCAUUAAACGAAGCAGAAGCCUUCAAAAAUAAACUGUUGGCUGCUGAUGCUGACCGGCAAGUUGCCGACGAAGAUACGGAUGUUGACGAAAACUUUUAUAGUCAAUUCAACAUGAUGAUGUAUUCUGAAGUAGAAAGGAAAGGUUUUGCUUUUGCGUUAGAACAGCCCGUUGCUUCACUUUUGGCAUUGGGUAUUCGAAGGUAA